UGAAGAUGGGUGCUCAAUCUAACAGGUGCUCCACUCCCUUUGUUCUUUGUAUACACAUAUUCAAAUCACGUAAGGCAGGGGACAGGAUAGGGCCUGUUAACUCAUUGCUGAUUUUCCUAGCAAAUAAACCAGCAGCUGCAGGUCCAAGCCCUGGCUUAGCGCUGAGAAGGUGGCAUUUGUGUGGGACAGGAUGCUUUCAUGGAGCCCUUUAACCAACUUCUUUUGGGACUUGGAGUGCAAAAUAUAUUUUUUACUUGUAGGUCUUUGUUCUGCCUUAAAGUUGACAGUACCAUCUCAUACCAUCCAUGGUAUUGAGGGGCAACCACUCCAUCUUACUGUUGACUACAAUUUCAAUGCUACAGCUUCUGAAAUCCAGAUAAUAUGGCUUUUUGAGAGGCCUCAGAGUAACCCAAAAUACUUGCUUGGCUCUGUAAAUCAAACAGUAGUUCCAGACUUGGAAUACCAGCACAAGUUUACCCUCAUACCACCAAAUGCAUCUUUGAUGAUCAAUCCAUUGCAUAUCAGUGAUGAGGGCAAUUAUAUUGUAAAAGUCAAUGUCCGUGGAAAUGGGACGAUAGCUGCCAGUCAAAAGAUUCAAGUAGCUGUUGAUGUUCCUGUCACAAAGCCUAUUGUCCACACUGAACCAUCUUCAGGGGUAGUGGAGUAUGUGGGGAAUAUUACCUUAAAAUGUACUGUGGGUAACGGUACAAGGGUAGUUUACCAGUGGAUGAAAAAUGGGAAGCCUCUCCAUGCCAGCCCUAAUUACACCUUUUCAUCAAACAAUGCUACACUUCUAAUUGUUCCUGUUGUAAAAGAAGACAUUGGGAAUUACAGCUGUCUGGUAUCUAACCCUGUCAGUGCAAUGGAAAGUGAGAUAAUUGCACCAACCAUAUAUUAUGGACCUUAUGGACUUAGAGUUAAAUCAGAUAAAGGUCUGAAUAUAGGGGCAGUCUUCACAGUUGACAUGGGGGAAGUUAUACUGUUCAACUGCUCGGCAGAUUCAAAUCCACCAAAUACUUAUUCGUGGAUUCAAAGGGCUGACAAUAUCACUCAUGUAAUCAAAUAUGGACCCCAUCUGGAAGUUGUAUCUGAUAAAGUGGCCCAGAAAACAAUAGAUUACAUGUGCCGUGCUUUCAACAACAUGACUGGAAAACGGGAUGAAACUCAUUUCACAGUCAUCGUUACUUCUGUAGGACUGGAAAAGCUGGCCCAGAAAGGAAAAUCUUUGUCAUCUCUUGCAGUAAUAACGGGAAUUUCAUUAUUUUUGAUCCUGGCUAUGGCCUUUUUAUUCAUAUGGAAAAGAUAUCAGCCACAUAAAGUGAUACAACAGAAGCUGCAGAGCAGGCCAGAGGCUGAUUACAGAAAGGCACAGACAUUUUCAGGACAUGAAAGUGCUUUGGAUGAUUUUGGGAUAUAUGAAUUUGUCGCUAUUCCUGAUCUUGCCAGUGGUUCUAGGGUUUCCAGUCAAUCUGUUCCUGGCUCUGACUUUGUCCCAGGCCAGGAUAUGCUUAGUACGAUUUAUGAAGUUAUUCAGCAUAUUCCUGAACAGCUGCAAGAAGACCAUCAACAGUAAGUUAAAGGCUGUGUGCAGUCAUAUGGUAGCUCAAAGACAAAUACUUUUGCAGCCAGAACACCCU